CUCAUUCUUAUCAUCUUUCUAUCCUUUUAUUACAAAACUUGUAUCAAAUAUGGAAUUUCAUAGUUUAAAGAGACUCUAGCUUUUGUUUUACUUAUAAUAAACUCGGAGCUAGGAUAUCGAAAGAGAGCUCAUCUGAGUCCCCUUUAUCUAAAAAUUACACUAUAUAAAAAGACUUUUUCGUAUGUUUACUUCUUUAUAUUUUGGAAUUUUCUUAGUAAAAAAUUCUAUUUCCGUUACAAGAUGGUACAGCAAAUUCAAGACACUUCCUCAUCAAACUAUGAUAAAAACAGAGAAUUGAAAGCCUUUGAUGACACGAAAGCCGGUGUUAAAGGUCUUGUUGAUGAUGGAAUUACUCAAGUGCCUUGGAUAUUCAUCCAUCCAGAGGUUUUAGGCUCGGGGCCUUCCCCGAGCCUAGAGGAAACACAAUUUGUUUUUCCAUUAAUAGAUCUCGAAAACAUCAAUAAAGAUCCUUUUAAGCAUAAAGAGAUGGUUAAAAAAGUUGGAGAUGCUUCAGAGACAUGGGGAUUCUUCCAAGUGAUCAAUCAUGGUAUUCCAGUGUCAGUCUUGGACGAAAUGCUGAGAGGAGCACGUCGUUUCUUCGAGCAAGAUAUCGACGUUAAGAAGAAAUAUUAUCAUCGAGAUUAUACACAGAGAGUGGUUUACAAUAGCAAUUUUGAUUUGUAUAGUCCUAAAGCUCUAGCAGCAAAUUGGAGAGACUCACUUUAUUCCACUAUCGGACCUGUUCCUCUUAACCCUGAGGAAUUGCCUGAGGCUUGCAGGCAAAUAGUAAUGGAGUACUCACAUCAUGUAAUGAAAAUGGGGUGCACUUUGCUUGAGUUACUCUCAGAGUCUCUUGGACUAAAAACAAGACAUCUCAAAGAAAUGGAAUGUUCAGAGGGUCUAAGCAUUUUGUGCAAUUACUAUCCAGCAUGCCCACAGCCAGAACUAGCCAUAGGUCUUAGCAAACAUACAGACAAUGACUUCUUCACAGUCCUUCUACAAGAUCAUAUUGGAGGUCUCCAAGUUCUACAUCAGAAUCAUUGGGUUGAUGUUCCUCCCACACAUGGAGCUUUAGUGAUCAAUAUCGGAGACGUUCUCCAGCUCAUAUCAAAUGACAAGUACAAAAGUGUAGAUCAUAGAGCUUUGUCAAACAAAAUUGGUCCAAGAAUAUCAGUAGCAAGUUUCUUCAGCUCAGGGUCAUUGCCAUCUUCCAAACUCUAUGGACCAAUUGAUGAGCUUCUAUCAGUAAAUAAUCCUCCAAAGUAUCGCGCAACGACAUUGAAGGAUUUCUAUGAUUAUUUCAGUCAGAAAGGACUUGAUGGAACUUCAAAUCUAUCUCACUUAAAAAUCUAAAGUUUUCGUUUGGUUCACAUUCUAGUUAUGCAGGGAUUGUAACGCAAGAAUUUUUAUCCAAUGAAGAAGUUACGUGACAAUAUUUGGAAGAAAACUAUGUCAUAACAUUAUCAUCACUUAAACGGAAAGAAAGAGAAAGACUAUUAUUGAAGGCUUAAUAUAUAAAUAUCUCUUUAAAUUUGUCAGUGAAUAUAUGCAACUGAACACAUGAUAAACUAUUCAUA